AUGCCAUCCAAAUAUCAACCCGUCGCAAGUGACGACGUCGAAUUAGAAUCUCAUCUAGACGCACCCUUGCUCGAUCUAGACCCUCUAGAAGAUGACGCGACGAGCUCCAACGCCAAUGGAAUCUUCCACGCCCAGGCCGAGCCAGUUCCUAGUUAUCGCUUUUCACGAUGGGGCGUUCAUUCACCGAAGCGCAUUGUCAUUUUGGUAUCGGUUAUCAAGUUUGUUGUUGUUUUGAGCGGCAUGUUGUUGAUGCUUCCGACUGCGAGAUUGAUUGAGGAUAUGUUUUGCCAUAUACAUUACAAAGAUACUUCGACAGACAUCAUUGAUGAGAUGAAGUGCAAGGUCGAUGAAGUGCAGUCUCAGUUGGGGUAUUUGUUUGGGUGGACUGGGCUUAUCACGUCUCUUGUUGGCCUUGUUGUAGCUUUUCCUUAUGGAACCAUGUCUGACAAGAUUGGACGAAAACCAACGCUCAUGUUUUCUUGGGUUGGCAUUGCUGUUUGCUAUCUCUUUGCACCUUUUAGUAUCAAGGCUUUUCAGGGUUCUUUGAGGGAUAGACCUUAUGUGCUCGUACUUGGAGGCUUCUUCCAAAUCUUUGGUGGUGGAAUUCCAGUGUUGAUGUCUACUCUUUAUUCGAUUGCCGCUGAUGUUAGCACUGAAGAAAACAAGGCAAAGCACUUCUUGUGGUCUGCAUUUGGUGCCACAGCUGGAGGUAUCAGUGGUCCUGCAAUCGCCGGAAUCUUGAUGAACAAAUACGGCCCAUGGCUUCCUAUCUAUCUCGUCUUGUUCUUUGUUCCCAUCGUCAUGGGAAUUCUUGUUCUCCUCCCCGAGACUCUGACAGUCAACGCCAAGAAGCAACAAGCCGGCAAAAAGUCUCCGAGUACUCUUAAAGAGCAUAUGGCACACGGCAUCAAAGAUCUCAAACAUUCGCUCAACAUGCUCAAGAAUGUCAGCGUCGCCAUGAUUCUCAUUACAUUCUUCAUCCAGACCGCGCGAUACACAGCUUACACGACGACGAUGAGCCAGUACAUCAGCAAACAUUUCAAGUGGAAGAUGGCAGACGUCAGUCUGAUCCUUUCGCCGUUGGGAAUUCUUGACUUGACCAUUCUAGCUGGUCUGCCAAAAGUUGGAGAUAAGCUCAUGUCAUCACCUCGCUUUCGCAUGACAGCCUUCGGAAAGGAUCUAUUUCUCACUCGCAUUUCAACCGUGAUGCUCGUCCUCGGCGCAUUCUGGCAGGGUCUAAGUCACAACGUCGGCAUGUUCUUCUUCGGCCUAUUCAUCGAAACAUGGGGUGCUGCUACAGGACCACUUGCUCGCGCAACAGUCACGCAUUAUGUGCAACCAGAGUAUACGGCUAGACUGUAUGCCUUGAUAGGCAUGAUUGAAGUGAUAGGUUCGUUUAUUGCGGGACCUGUUCUGGCUUGGUGUUUUGACCUAGGGUUGAAGAAGAAGGGUAUUUGGAUUGGAUUGCCGUGGUUUUAUGUUUCGUUUCUGUGUGCUAUAGCACUUGCGGCUUUGUAUCGUGUUAAGCCGCCUGUGAAGCGUCCAAGGGAAGAUGUGGUUGAGAAUGAGGGUUAUGAGACGGAUGAUUAUAUGCCUGAUGAUCCUUUGAGACUUCGAUAG